GCAGCCUGUGACUUCUCCAUCCGUCCGUCCGUCCGUCCGAGGCCCGCAACUGGUGCAGCUCACAGGAGUUCACCUCGUGCCUGGCCCCGCCCUCACCUUUGUGACGUAGUAGCCGCGCCUCCUGCCUCCGCGUUAGCCGCCCGAGACCCACAGCUCUCCGAGGCUUGGCCCGUUGGAGGUUGCUUUGGUGUGAAAACACGGGUGGAUCUUCCCGGGCCGUGAUGAAACUAGCUGCUGGCUUCCUUCUGCUGCUUCUGGAAGUGCGGCUCCUGCCUGUAACACCUCUUUCAGCUGAGGAUUCAUCUUCGGCCUCCACCCCAGGCAGUCCCCUCUCGUCCACUGAAUAUGAACGUUUCUUCGCCCUGCUGACCCCAACCUGGAAGGCAGAGACCACCUGCCGCCUCCGUUCCACUCACGGCUGCCGGAACCCCACUCUCGUCCAGUUGGACCAAUAUGAAAACCACGGAUUGGUACCAGAUGGUGCCGUCUGCUCUGACCUCCCGUAUGCUUCCUGGUUUGAGUCCUUCUGCCAGUUUGCUCAGUACCGUUGCUCCAACCACGUCUACUACGCCAAGAGGGUCCGAUGCUCCCAGCCGGUCUCCAUCCUCUCACCCAACACUCUCAAGGAGAUAGACUCUCCCCCAGAAGUUCCUGCCACCACCAUGACAUCCCCCAUGGCAUCCCAUGCCACAGCCACAGAGCGCCAGGCCUUCCAGCCUUGGCCGGAGCGGCUCAACAACAACGUGGAGGAGCUGCUUCAGUCGUCCUUGUCCCUGGGCGGCAAGGAGCAGCAGGGCGGUCACAACAAGCAAGUGCAGGAGCAGCACAAGCAGGAGCUCCUACAAGACCACAAACAGGAGGACGGGCAGGAGCAGGAGGAGCAGGAGGAGGAGGAGGAGGAGGAGGAGACCAAGCAGGAGGAGGGCCAGGGGACAGAGGAGGGCCUGGAGUCAGUGUCCAAUCUGCAGUCCUACUCCGAGCCCAAGUUUCAGUCGGAGUCUCUGUCCUCCAACCCUUCCUCCUUUACUCCCCGGGUCCGAGAAGUGGACUCCGCUCCACUGAUGAUGGAGAACAUCCAGGAGCUCAUUCGGUCAGCCCAAGAAAUGGACGAAAUGAAUGAACUGUACGAUAACUCCUGGAGAAGCCAAAGCACCGGCAGCCUCCUGCAGCUGCCCCACACGGAGACCAUGAUGGUGCUAUGCUAUUCCAUUAUGGAGAAUACCUGCACCAUGACUCCCACAGCCAAGGCCUGGAGCUACAUGGAGGAGGAGAUCCUUGGCUUCGGGGAUUCGGUAUGUCCACCAUGCUAUUUAAUGGAUACAUGCCACUGGACAUCCCAUGGGCCUGGCACUGUGUGAGCCAUGGGUGAGGGGGCUGGGCAAGGAGAACAUGAGACAUAGUUGAAGAGAUUCCUUGGAAGGACAUCUCCAGCCACCACAGAGGAAGGUUGAAGACCUAGUCUGGAAGCCAGCCUGGUCUUGAAUGCAUCCUUAAGUUCUUCAAGUUUUCAGCCCUAAGCCAUCCCUUGAAAUCCGUUCAGCAUCUUCAGUACCUAGCUGCGCCUUAGACUCGGCUCUUUUUCUUUCCAGAAGGUUCAUAGAACCUCUUCCUGUUGAGUCUAGUCGUGCAGGCUGUAGUCCUGGCUGCUUAGGGAGCUGAAGCAGAAGAGUCACAGGUUCACUCUGUGGAGUGGGCAGCAGAGUGAACAGAACUUAGUGAGGCUCCGUCUCAAAAUAAAAAAGUAAACAGGGCUGAGGAUGGAGCUCGGUGGUAGAACACUUGCCUAGCAUGCAGAAGACCCUAGGUUCAACCCCCAGUUCCAAAAAACAAUGUGUAACAGAAACCAUUUGUAUUAGGACUUUCUAAAGAAACAACUGAUAGAAUGAAUACAUAGUAAAAGCGGACUUACUAGAUUUGCUUACAUGAUGCAGUCCACAUAGUCCAACAGUGGCUGGAGAGGCUGAGAAUCUGGUAGUUGCUUAAUCUGUGAGGCUGGACAUCUCAACAGCCCCAGACUGGCACUGGAGGCCUGAGGAUUCCUGCAGAGCUGCUGGUCUUCAGUCUACAUUGGAAGCCUGAAGAAGCUUGUUCUAAAAUCAGUAAAGGAAUGCCGCGUCAGCGUGAUAACGGACUUGCCAGCAAGCGUGCAGGCAAGCAGGGGAAAAGCAAAGCCGCCUUCUCCCAUCAGACUGCAGGGGGCUGCCCACAUUUAGGAUCACUCUUCCCCCUUCAAAUGAUCUGGCCAAGAAAAUCCCUCCCAAGAGCCCCAGUGGCUUGUUUCUAGUUGAUUUCAAAUCCAGUCAAGUUGACAACCAAGAUUCACCAUCAGAAAUUCACCCCUUGUCAAUUGACACCCAAUCUCUUCAUGUCAUGGUCAAUUUCCACAUGAAAAAAAUGACAAAAUUAUAAUUCUGCCUACAUGUGAUAUAACUACACCACAUAUGAUUAAACACAUUAUUUAAGAAUAGGUGGCAAAAUCCCUUGAGGAAUGCUUAGUGUUUUAGUGUCCCAUAAUUUACAUAUGAUAAUAUAUAUUUGCAGUACUUAAACACUGAUAUUAUCUCAGUGGGUGUUGCAUUACAUGAUAAAGAAAUAGAGGAAAGAAAACAAAUGUCUGCUUAAUAUAUGUGCAUCUAUGCACAAACACCUUCUUAACAAAAUAGGACAGGAAAGGCAUCUGUUACAAUCCUCGUUUCUGUGACUGGUCACAUGAACUUAGCUGGUGUUUGUAACUACCUUCUACUACUACUCAUUCUGUAUUUCCUCCCCUCAGCAAGCACCUCAGAAGGCCUUGGUUCUUUCCCUGGAGGGGUGACCCUUUCCUUUAUCCCUGAAGGGUUUGGAUCCUGUCAUCCUGCCUCCAUUGGGUUGUUCUAAUUUCCCAUUGACCUUAAUCACCGGGGCAUUAACUUAACACCAAGAGAUGCCCUAAAGCAGUGGUUCUCAACCUGUGGAUCAUGAUCCCUUGGGGGGGGGUCGAAUAUCAAAUAACCUGCAUAUCAGA